AUGAGCCCGAAACCGGUGGUUGGCCUUCUCGGCGGCGGCCAGCUGGGCCGCAUGCUGUGCGAAGCCGCCGCGCCCCUCGAGAUUGACAUUGCGAUUCUCGACGCAGAGAACGCGCCGGCCAAGCAAGUCAACCAGAGCGAGCACCACGUCACGGGGUCGUACAAGGACGCGGACAAGAUCCGGCAGCUGGCCAGCCGGUGCAGCGUGCUGAGCGUCGAGACCGAGCACAUUGACACGGAGAUCCUCGAAGAGAUCGCAACGCACACCGAGGUCGCCGUUCAUCCGUCCUGGCGGACGCUGCGGCUGAUCCAAGACAAGUACGAGCAGAAGGCCUACCUGGGCGCCCAGGGCAUCCCCGUGACGGAGUCUGUCGCCAUCGACGCAACGGGCGGCGACGACGCCACGCGGCCGUGUCUCCGCGACGUGUCGGCCCAGUUUGGGUUUCCGUGGAUGCUGAAAGCCCGCAAGGACUCGUACGACGGCCGGGGCAACCUGAAGAUUGCCAGCGAGGCCGACUGGGACCGGGCUGUGGCGGAGUUUGGCCAGUUCCGCUGCUACGCGGAGAAGUACGUGCCGUUCCAGUGCGAGCUGUCCGUCCUGGUCAUCCGCACCGAAGACGGCGACGGACGGACGAAGCGCCUGCUGCCCUAUCCCGUGGUGGAGACGGUGCACGAGGACAACGUGUGUUCGCGGGUGUACAUGCCGCCGCGGACCACGCCCGCAUCCGUGUGCAAGCGCGCGCAAGAGGUCGCCUGCAGCGUGGUGGACAAGCUGUGGGGGAGAGGCAUCUUCGCGGUCGAGACCUUUGUAACCCAGGACAACCAAAUCCUGGUCAACGAGAUCGCCCCGCGGCCGCACAACUCGGGCCAUCUCUUUACCGAAGCCAUUCCUUACAUGUCCCAAUUCAAGGCGCAGCUGGCCGCGAUCCUUGACGACCCCCUCCCUCCUGCGCUGGAGCCAUACGUGUCGUCCAGCCUCAUGAUCAACAUCUUGGGCGGCGUGCAUGUCGAUUCCCACCUGCCGCUGAUCGAGAAGGCCAAGUCCAUGUACGGGCCGAAGAUGGCCGUGUAUCUCCACCUGUACGGGAAACAGUCCAAGCCCGGCCGCAAGAUUGGCCACAUUACGGUGACCGGCUUGGCCGCGGGCAUCGAGGAGCUCGAGGCGUUUGCGGAACCGCUGGUCAAGAUCGCCGACGCGAUCCGGCAGGAGAGACUGCACGCACACAGCGAGACGCUCCGGCCCGAGCAGGCCGCCGUCGGCAAAGCGCCAGAGCAGCCGCUGGUCCUCGUCACGAUGGGCUCCGACUCGGAUCUGCCCGUGCUCAAGGACGGCCUGGACAUUCUGACCCAGUUCGGCGUGCCGUGGGACGUCGACAUCACGUCCGCGCACCGCACGCCGGCCAAGAUGGCCGAGGUGGCCACGCAAGCGGCCGCCCGCGGUAUCAAGGUCAUCAUCGCUGCGGCCGGCGGCGCGGCGCAUCUGCCCGGCAUGGUGGCCGCGUACACGCCCUUGCCCGUUAUCGGUGUUCCGGUCAAGGCGACGCAUUUGGACGGGAUGGACUCGUUGCUCAGCAUAUGCCAGAUGCCGCGAGGCGUUCCGGUGGCCACGGUGGGAAUCAACAACUCCACCAAUGCGGCUCUCCUUGCCAUACGCUGCUUAGGCGCUUUCGUCCCUGCACUUCUCGAAAAGAUGAAAGCCUAUCAAACACAAAACAAAGAGGUGGUGGAGGACAAGGCCAGCGUCCUCCGAGAGAUGGGCGCACAAGCCUAUCUUGCAAGGAUGAAAAAAGCAUGA